CGGGUGCACUAUCAUAUAUCAUACGAUGGGCCUGAGUCUCGACUACUUGGCAGAGCUUCAUUACAUAGUUAACUUGGAUCAUUCAGACACCACGAGCGGCUAGCCUGCUCUUCCUUUGACUUGCACAAGCAGAUUCUUAUCCUCUCAUCAACAUCAUGCCUCGCCCCGAAGCGUUGUUUUUGCAUGGAGCGGCUGCGGGUGUGAUGGCUUAUGGCUUUCUUAGCCUCAAAACACUCCCCGUGGAUGCCUGGAUCCGAACGCAGAAAGGAGGGCACUUCCAGUUUCUGACUAUACAAGGGCUGGCCGCCGCUUGGUUCACCAUGGUGCUAAGCCUUGGCUGCGACUUGCUGCCUUCAUUCGCCGCCCUUCGCGCAGCCAAGCGUGCUUCCCUAAUGAUAGCUCUCCCUCUCACAUUUGUGAUAUCUGCGGUGUACUGGUCACUCUUGUUGUUUUUCCCAUCGUUGAUUCUACAGCGCGAACUGCCGGGACUAUCUGGGCCCUCUUCUUCGUCGGCUCCCCCUGCAUUGAUGCGGAUUCCUCUCGACAUAGAUGUCUCUCUACAUCUCGUUCCUGUCUUCACCCUCCUUGCAGACUUUAUUUUCUUCGAGAAGAAAUAUACCAAAAAGCAAGUUCAAAUCGGUGCACCUCUCGUCGUCCUCGCCUGCGGGACAUGGUAUGCCUGCUGGGUAGAAUAUUGCGCUAGUUAUAACCAUACAUUCCCAUACCCUUUCCUGACGGAGAACCCAUUUAAUAUCCGCGUUGGCAUUUAUACAUUCGUGUCCUUCCUUGCUUGGAGCUGUUUCCGUCUCAUGAACGCGCUCCAUGCUUAGAGGGCUAUAUCAUCCUUAUACCAUCUAUACCUUCGUAUUUAGCUGGGUGUUAAAAACAGGACGUCAAGUUUCAGCAUAACUUAUAGGUAGAGCUCAGAUCAGUAGAUAUUAUUCGAUCGUCGCCAUGUGCGCGCUCCACUCGAGCCCCUUUGAUUUUCCAC